CCGCGCUCGCUGACGCCAUCAUGGUGCGGAAACUGAAGUUCCACGAGCAGAAGCUGCUGAAGCAGGUGGACUUCCUGAACUGGGAGGUCACCGACCACAACCUGCACGAGCUGCGCGUGCUGCGGCGUUACCGGCUGCAGCGGCGCGAGGACUACACGCGCUACAACCAGCUGAGCCGUGCGGUGCGCGAGCUGGCGCGGCGCCUGCGAGACCUGCCCGAGCGCGACCCGUUCCGCGUGCGCGCCUCGGCCGCGCUGCUGGACAAGCUGUAUGCCCUCGGGCUGGUGCCCACGCGCGGCUCACUCGAGCUCUGCGACUUUGUCACGGCCUCGUCCUUCUGCCGCCGCCGCCUGCCCACCGUGCUCCUCAAGCUGCGCAUGGCGCAGCACCUCCAGGCUGCUGUGGCCUUCGUGGAGCAGGGGCACGUGCGCGUGGGCCCCGACGUGGUUACCGACCCCGCUUUCCUGGUCACGCGCAGUAUGGAGGACUUUGUCACCUGGGUCGACUCGUCCAAGAUCAAGCGGCACGUGAUGGAAUACAAUGAGGAGCGCGACGACUUCGAUCUGGACGCCUAGCGGGUCUCCCUCGCCAUAGCUGCCUUUGACAGGUGGGACAGUUGCGUCCUGAUGCUGGAGAGCCUGUGACGGUGCUCUUCCCAGACGAUGUCAGACGCCGCGUGUUCUUAAGAACUUAGCUCCUUAACCUCAGGCCACGCAGAGAGGCAAGGGUAGCCUGUACGUGUUUUCCUGAAGUUUUCUUACAGCUCGGACUGAUAAUUAAAGGACUGUGCCUUGGGAGCCGGGGGCGGGUUGAGGCAGCUUUGUGCUGCGCUAGGGACUCGUUAUACCCCAAACGCUGUACAUGCAAGAACUUAACCCUUUCACUCCUCCUUUCUUUGUGUUCUAGCAGGAUUGUUUGGCUCAUUUUAUUUAUUUACCUCGAUUUCUUGCUCCUGGUGAUUUAGCUGUGGACAGUGUUCAGGCUCAACUUUGAUAAACUGGUGAGCUUUGUCUUCAGGGUCCCAUCCCUCCUUUAAAGAAAUGCUUGCCCGAUGCCAAUAAAUGAACCAACUGCUGCAA